AUGGCGACAAAGACCAGCCGUGUGAAACAGGAACAGUUGCGCAAACGUCGUAACAACCUUCUUCGACGCCAUAACGACUUUUGGCGUCUUUACUCCAUCCGGAGCUGGCUAACUAUGGAGAUGCCGAAUGGCCGAAUCUACACUUAUCAUUCCCAUCCCGAUGUCCCCGUUCCGACAGUGAAAGAGAUGGUGAGCUUUUUAGUGGCGUUGAAUAUCAUGAAUGAUUCUAAGACCUUGCAGAAUACUCGCUCUCGACCUGCAGUUCACCGAACUCCCGCGGACUAUGUGCCGGAGAAGUCUACGAAGUUAACGAUUCCCAAGGCGCCGACCUCUUCCCUUCCGAAGCGUCAGAAUGCAGUCUGGGGUUCAUUUGCCCGAUACAUGCAAUAUACAGAGAAGUGCAAAUCCAGCUUCACCAACUUACACUCAUUCACUCUUUCUGGGCCCCACCGCCAAGCCGCUAGUUUAUAA